AUGCCGAGUGACAAUUGUCAAACAGAACAAUCAAAAUCUGUCAGAAAAAAAUCAAAAUCAGUUUGUGUUCUAUCUUUGGACAAAGACGGAGAUCUACGUGAUUUCGAAAUGAUCAAAGAAAAAAAUUAACUUACGUACGCAUUAUAGUAUUUGGCUGGGCAUUAAAUUGAAAGUUUUAAAAAUUUUGCUGAAAUUAAAAAAAAAUUUUGA